CUGGAUUUUCCAGCCGGGCCAGCAGGAGGACGGUCAGCGGCGCAUGCGCGGUGUGCCGGCGGCGUAUCCUUGGCCAUGACAGUUGGCAGGUGGCGGGGAACCGGCAACAACAAUAACAACUAGUGUUGUCAGUGCUCAGGACGGCUGAUGGAUGCACUUAUGAUGCGGUGGUGAAGCGACGGAAGGCUCUUGGCUUGACUGGACUCCCUUGCGGUUUGUUUGCAGGCAGCUCCGAGCCUGAGGCCUGCGGCUGGCGGCGAGGCCGACUGGAUGGCAGAGAUGAACGGCUCCAGGAAGUACAUCUCCAUCAGUGUCCCCGACAAGCCCGACUCCAUGUCCCCGCACAUCAAGUCGGCGGAGGAGCUGCGGGUGAUCGGCUUCAAACUGAGCGACUACUCCAGGCCUGUGCAGUUCCUCGUCUGUGUGGCCGGGGUCUUCGUCUUCUAUCUCGUGUAUGGAUACCUGCAGGAGCUCAUUUUCUCACUGGAAGGCUUCAAACCCUUCGGCUGGUACCUAACUCUGGUGCAGUUUGCUUUCUAUUCCAUGUUUGGACUGGUCGAGCUUCAGCUCACGCAGGACAAGAGGAGGAGAAUCCCUUGGAACUAUAUGCUCAUAGCAUUUCUAACAGUGGGAACUAUGGGCUUGUCAAAUACCUCGCUUGGUUAUCUGAAUUAUCCAACUCAAGUAAUUUUUAAGUGCUGCAAGUUGAUUCCUGUAAUGAUAGGAGGAGUCUUCAUACAAGGGAAACGCUACAAUUUUAUAGAUGUCUCUGCUGCACUUUGUAUGAGCUUUGGUCUGAUUUGGUUCACUUUGGCUGAUAGUAAAGUGGCACCAAGCUUCAAUUUGGCAGGAAUAGCACUUAUAUCAAUGGCACUCUGUGCAGAUGCAGCAAUUGGAAAUGUACAAGAGAAAGCUAUGAAAUUGCAUAAUGGUUCAAAUUCAGAAAUGGUUUUGUAUUCCUAUUCAAUAGGUUUUCUGUAUAUAUUAAUGGGUUUGUUUUGUACCCAUGGACUGGGCCCCGCUUUUGUCUUUUGUUCCAGGCAUCCAAUGCAGACAUAUGGAUAUGCAUUUAUGUUUUCAUUGACAGGAUAUUUUGGAAUUUCCUUUGUACUAGCCUUGAUAAAGCUCUUCGGUGCACUAGUUGCUGUAACAGUAACCACUGGGAGAAAAGCAAUGACCAUUGGCCUUUCAUUUCUCUUCUUUUCAAAGCCUUUUACCUUGCACUAUGUAUGGUCAGCUCUUCUGGUCCUCAUUGGUAUCUUCCUAAAUGUUUACAGCAAAAACAAGGACUUAAUUACACUGCCUUCACUUUCUGACCUUUGGAAUAAAAUCCAGAAAAAGCAAAUGAGACCUACUUCACAGAUGGUGUAGGGCCCACAGUGCUUUUCAUUUCUCCUGAUUUGAUUGGACAAUGCCGUCACUGGUUGGCCUUGACAGGACAUUCUGCAGAAGUGCACUUGUGAUGUAUGCCUAUUAUUAAUGCAACUGAUGACUCUAGUUGUAUGAUAAAACAGAUUUGAUCAAUCAAACCUGGGGAAAAUACGAACUAUACAAAUGUGGUAAAAGGGAACAAUGCAAAGCGUGGACAAUGUUUUCCAUAACUAUCACAAUGAUUGUUUACUAAUAAUGCAUAUAAAAUUCCAGAUUUAUGAAUUACAUUUCUUUCACUUGGUCCCUCUGUACUUUGGUCUUUGUUUGAAUUCUGAGCAGUGGCCUGUGGUUUUUAAGUUUUGUAAAUGAAUCAAAUAUGUGUUUUGCUUUUUCUUUUUAUUCAAUGGAAAUUACAAACUGAGAUCAAUUAUG